AUGUUUUUUGAUUUACAUACAUUAAGAAAUUCAUUAAAAAAUCUUGUCAAAUUUUAUUCAUGGGUUACACAAAAUUAUUUACCAGCAUCAAAUUUAGAUGCUAUUAGAGAACGUUUAGAUAAUUUAAUUAGAAAUUAUAUAACUGCACAUGAAAAAUUAGAUCAAACGAAAAUGGAUAAACGAGUAUUUGAAAGAAAUGAUGUUUUUUAA